CCUUUCUCUCCGUCACCUACUAACACAUUUCAUCUCUGGCAUCUCCCAGUCUGUUGUCUCCCCUAUACCAUCACACACACUCAACCCAGGCGUGCACACACUCAUGCUGAUUGGCACCCAAGGACAGAGCACCCUCUCUCCCCAUCCCGGCGACCAGGCGGUUUGCUUGUGUGGCCAGCCGGCUUCUUGACACUGAGCUCAGCUGAGGAAGAGGACAAAAGAAGAGGCCAUGGAGCACAGCCACAUCUUCCCUGUUUUUUCCCCAAAUGACAGCAGUUGGAGCCCAGAGCAGCAUCCCUCUGAGUUCGCCCAGGGGUGCCCUCUCGGACCACUGCCUGUCAUCUACUACAGCGUCCUGCUCUGCCUCGGCCUGCCGGCUAACAUCCUAACAGUGGUCAUCCUGUCCCAGCUGGUGCUGCGUCGUCAGAAGUCCUCCUACAACUAUCUCCUGGCUCUGGCAGCCGCCGACAUCCUGGUCCUGCUCCUCAUCGUGUUUGUCGACUUCAUUUUGGAGGAUUUUAUUUUGGGCACGGCGCUGCCUCCAUCACUAAACAAUGCAGUGCAGGUUCUGGAGUUCUCCUCCAUCCACACCUCCAUCUGGAUCACCGUGCCGCUCACCAUUGACCGUUACAUCGCUGUUUGCCACCCUCUGCGCUACCAUACAGUCUCCUACCCAGCCCGCACACGGAGGGUGAUCUUCGCUGUGUAUAUUGGGUGCUUGCUCUCCGCAGCGCCUUACUACUGGUGGCCUGAGCUGUGGCACAGCCUGUCCGGGGUGGGCGACGGUGAUGGAGGAGGAGGAGGGGAGGGAAACGGGAGGACCGUGGUCCAGCAUGUCCUGGUGUGGGCCCACUGCGCCACCGUCUACCUGCUCCCCUGCACAGUCUUCUUCUCCCUUAACGCUGUCAUCGUGCGUAAGCUGCGCAGACGCCGCAGCUGCUUUCGUCUGCGUGGCUACUCUACAGGCAAAACCACUGCCAUUCUCCUGGCUAUAACCUCCAUUUUUGCUGUUUUGUGGGCGCCACGUACCCUCAUGAUCCUGUACCACUUUUACUCCUCUCCUCCAGCCUCGCAGAGUGCAGGCAGAUUGCUCCAUGUGCUCACCGAUCUGGCCAACAUGCUAGCACUGCUCAACACCGGGGUCAACUUCUUCCUCUACUGCUUCAUCAGCAAGCGCUUCAGGGGAAUGGCAGCCAACGUGCUGCGAGCCCUGGUCCGCUGCCGGAAGCAGCAGAAGCCUUUCUACGCCAGCCACAACUUUUCCAUCACAAGCAGCCCCUGGAUCUCACCAGCCAACUCCCACUGCAUCAAGAUGUUGGUGUACCAGUACGACAAAAACGGGAAGCCCAUCUGUAUAUCCUCUUGAGUCCUCGGCCACGGUAGCUACCCCAACCCUCAGUUGUUGGGAAGCAUAUUCAGACAUUGUCUCCUUGGUGACAAGCUCUGCUCCCUUGGGACAAGGCUUGAAAAUGUCAACACACCCGAGAGCACAUAGGUUCAGUUAGCUAGCUUUGAGCGAUAACAAAGCGGUUGGCUAGCAAGAUGGAAACUGCAGAUCCGUACUUAACAGAAAAUGGCCUCUUAUGUUCAAAAAAGUAUUCAAAAGGCAGCAACCAGCAUCAAAUAACUAAUGAUUAUUUUCUCCAUGCAAAAAAUUACAGCUACUGUAUGACUGACUCUAGACUUACGGACUGAUCAAGGGAU